AUGUAUGCCGACAUCAGCAAACCUACACCCCCGCUUCCCCAGCCGAAGCCACGAGAGCUAGGACCUGGCCUUCGUCUUUUGCCCCCAUUGUCUCGGCUUGGCCGAGGGCCAGGGCUUCUCUUGCUUGUAGCAAAUUCAACUUCCUCCUUAACCAUCGAUAACGGAGUCCCCGGCCUGCUGAUUAAGUGGGCCGAAGAAGGGUUUGCAGUGGUCGAGAUCCAGGCCAAGGCGAUAGCUGAGAAUGAGGAUGUCUUCCAUAGGGCCCUCGAGGGCCUGAAACAAUGUGCAGAGUGUGACUACAAUGGCAAGGUCGGAAUGAUUGCUUAUGACCCCGAAUUGUGGAAACUCGCAUCCCUUUCUGUGUCAGAGAUUUCAGAGGUGGUCGGCACAGUUGUUUACGCGGACGAGCAGGACACACCUAGCUCUUGUUCAAGCAGCGUACCCGUCCUGCGGCAUCUUGCGUCCACGUCGACAAAACCUCGGAAGCGGACACAAGAACUUACGGAGUAUUAUUACCCAAAUGUGAAGUCGUUCAAGUUCGCAACGCCUUUUCAUGAUCAUUUCGACUAUACUACCGAGGCCGUGACGCACACCAGGAACCUUACUUUCCUCAAGCCGAAAAUAGGGGGGCCAUACUUUGAUCUGGAGGCCAUUUGGGAUGAGCACACUUACUAUGAGUUUGCCGACCGCUCGGUGGAGCACACGAUGAGCACCAUGGUCCAAGAACCCUACGUGAAUCAUGUUCCUACAAUGACUGGAGGGAUCGGCCGCAAUCGUUUAGCGGAAUUUUACCGUGAUCAUUUCAUCUUCAACAAUUCCGCGGACACGGUGCUGGAACUCAUCAGUCGGACCAUUGGCAUCGACCGUGUGGUGGAUGAGUUCAUUUACAAGUUUACACAUGAUCAGCGGAUUGAUUGGCUGCAAGUACCCCCCUCCGCGCCAGGUAUACCGCCUACGAAUUUGAAGAUUGAAAUUCCUUUCACAGCUGUGGUUAACAUUCGAGGCGACAGGCUGUAUCACGAGCAUAUAGCCUGGGACCAGAGCUCGGUUCUACGGCAACUUGGUCUCCUUCCGGAGUACCUUCCCUAUCCCCAUACCUUACCAGAGGGAUACGAGUUCCCCCAGGGUGCUUCGAUCGAAUAUCGUGUCCCCGCUGCUGGCGUCGACACAGCGAAGAAGAUGAGAGACAGGAACUCCGUCGAGUCAAAUGAGAUGUUUAGCUUUAGGGUGCGCAAGAGCGGAUAG